CUCACUAUGACAAAUGGGAACAUCAAUUACAAAGCAUUAUAAAUAUCACCUACAUCUCCCAUUAUAAUGCAUUCAUCAUAAUAUAAGUGUCUAGUUCAAUUAUAUAUAUUUCAGUAAAUGCCAAUAAUUUCAUUGUGUUGAAAUUUCCAAAAUGCUUCAAAGAAAUAAGCUAUUACCAAUGUCGUGUCUUAUUUUGUUCUUCUAUGUGUUUGUAAUUGCCACAUCCACAUCACCUCAUGCUGCAAGAAAAAACCAAGGUAGUGAGGUUGAUGCUCUGUUGAAAUGGAAGGCAAGCCUUGACAACCACAGCAGGGCAUUGCUCUCUUCAUGGAUUGGCAAUAAUCCUUGUAGUAGUUGGGAAGGAAUCACGUGUGAUUAUCAAUCAAAAUCCAUCAACAUGAUAAAUCUCACCAAUAUUGGACUAAAAGUUCACAGGCCUAGUUCCAGAGAGUUUGAAGAAUUGCUCAAGCCUUACGAGAGUGAGACUUCAACAAAACCAACUGACUGGAAAUAUAACAGACAGCUUUGGUGUGUAUCCAAAUUUGGAAUACAUGGAUUUGAGUGAUAAUAAUUUUUAUGGUCAUCUUUCUCCAAAUUGGGGAAAGUGCAAGAAUCUCACAAGCCUAAAAAUCUCCAACAAUAAUUUGACAGGAAGCAUACCACCAGAACUAGGCAGAGCAACAAAUUUACAGGAGCUUAACUUGUCUUCAAACCAUCUAAUGCGAAAAAUUCCAAAGGAGUUAGAAAACUUAUCUUUGUUGAUCAAACUCUCGUUAAGUAACAAUCAUCUUUAUGGAGAAGUUCCAGUACAAAUUGCAUCAUUGCAUCAACUAACUGCAUUGGAGCUUGCAACAAAUAAUUUGAGUGGAUUCAUCCCUGAAAAACUUGGUAUGUUGUCUAUGUUAUUGCAGUUAAAUUUGAGCCAAAAUAAGUUUGAGGGGAACAUUCCUGUUGAGUUUGGCCAAUUGAAUGUUAUUGAAAACCUUGAUCUUAGUGGGAAUUCUAUGAAUGGAACCAUACCAGCAAUGCUUGGCCAGUUAAAUCACUUAGAAACAUUGAAUCUCUCACAUAACAAUCUCUCUGGUACCAUUCCCUUAAGCUUUGUUGAUAUGUUAAGCUUGACAACUGUUGAUAUAUCUUACAACCAGUUGGAGGGUCCGACUCCAAACAUUACAGCUUUCGAAAGAGCUCCAAUUGAAGCACUGAGAAAUAACAAAGGCUUGUGUGGUAAUGUUUCUGGCCUAGAGCCUUGCUCAACAUCGGGUGGCACCUUUCAUAGUCAUAAUACUAACAAAAUUUUGGUGCUAGUUCUAUCCCUCACUCUCGGCCCUCUAUUGUUAGCAUUGAUUGUUUAUGGGAUCUCAUACCUUUUUUGUCGAACUUCAAGCACAAAAGAAUACAAGCCUGCACAAGAAUUGAAAAUUGAAAAUCUAUUUGAAAUAUGGAGCUUUGAUGGAAAAAUGGUGUACGAGAACAUAAUCGAAGCCACAGAAGAUUUUGACAACAAGCAUCUCAUUGGGGUUGGAGGACAUGGAAAUGUUUACAAAGCAGAACUGCCUACAGGUCAAGUUGUAGCUGUGAAGAAACUUCACUCAUUACAAAAUGAAGAAAUGCCAAAUAGGAAAGCUUUCACAAAUGAGAUCCAUGCUUUGACAGAAAUUCGACAUCGCAACAUUGUGAGGUUAUACGGCUUUUGUUCACAUCGACUACACUCAUUUUUGGUUUAUGAAUUCUUGGCGAAGGGUAGCAUGGACAACAUUUUGAAGGACAAUGAACAAGCUGGCGAAUUUGAUUGGAAUAAGAGGGUGAAUAUCAUUAAAGAUGUAGCUAAUGCUUUAUGCUAUCUGCAUCAUGAUUGUUCCCCUCCUAUUGUUCAUCGAGAUAUAUCCAGCAAGAAUGUUAUUUUGGAUUUGGAAUAUGUAGCUCAUGUCUCAGAUUUUGGAACAUCUAAGUUUCUAAAUCCCAAUUCGUCCAAUAUGACUUCUUUUGCAGGCACCUUUGGAUAUGCUGCUCCAGAACUUGCAUACACAAUGGAAGUAAAUGAGAAAUGUGAUGUGUUUAGUUUUGGGAUAUUAACCUUGGAAAUGCUUUUUGGAAAGCACCCUGGAGAUAUUGUAACUUAUUUGUGGCAACAACCUUCGCAAAGUGUUACGGACCUGAGACUUGAUACAAUGCCAUUGAUAGAUAAGUUGGACCAGCGUCUCCCUCAUCCCACAAAAACCAUUGUUCAAGAGGUGGCAUCGAUGAUAAGGAUUGCAGUUGCUUGCUUAACUGAAAGCCCACAUUCUCGCCCUACUAUGGAGCAGGUCUGCAGGCAGUUUUUAAUGUCAUAAUCAUCUUCAAAUAUAUAGUGUCUCAUACAUAUAGCCUGAAUGUUGUUUUCACCAAAUAUGCUUCGAUACUACUUCAUUGUAUCCUAUUUGUAAAACUCUUAGUUUGUAUUGUAAAUCAUUUGAACUUGGGUUGCAUUAUCAAAUUUUAUGCUCAGUCA